UGCAUUUAGCAUCCAUAACUCAUAUCAUUAAUUAUUAACAACCUUAAAUCCUUUCGUGAGCAUUACAUUUUGUGAUGCAAUUACAAUUACCAAUAAUAGAACAUAAUUUUGAAAGUGCUAAAACGGUUAGCACAGAAACCAAGGAAGAAAAAAAAAAGUAGAAAGAGUGAGAAACAAAAUCAUGAUAAAUAGAAUGGAGGACAAAUACCAAAGAACAGAACCAAAUAGUGUAAGACAUUAAACCAAACCAAGCAAGAGCCUCUUCGUAGAUUUUAUGACCAAAAUUCUAAGUCAUUUUCCUUACCAUUGUUGUUUCAAGUAAAAGUUUCUUUUAAAAGCUUCCAUUUUUGGGUUAUAUGUUCAGCAACUUCAUCUCCUCUCAAUCUCAACUCAUCAUUCUUGUUUAAAAAUUGAAUCUUUUCAUAUAAUGGGAGACAAGGAAGUUAAAGAAGAACUCAAACCCAUUAUUCAAUGGAAGAAACAAAAGGGUGGAUUCAGAGCUUCCAUGUUUAUCUUUGUUUUAUCAGCAUUGGAUAACAUGGGUUUUGUUGCUAACAUGGUGAGCUUAGUGCUAUACUUUUAUGGGGUUAUGCACUUUGAUCUUUCAAGCUCUGCCAACACUUUGACAAAUUUCAUGGGCUCAACUUUCUUGCUAUCUCUUGUUGGUGGUUUCAUCUCAGAUGCUUACUUGAACAGAUUAACCACAUGUUUGCUUUUUGGAUCACUCGAAGUUCUAGCAUUGGUAAUACUCACAAUUCAAGCUUCUUUAAACAAUUUACACCCUGAAGCAUGUGGAAAAUCAAGUUGUGUGAAAGGAGGUAUAGCUGUGAUGUUUUACACAUCAUUGAGUUUAUUAGCUUUGGGUAUGGGUGGAGUAAGAGGUUCCAUGACAGCCUUUGGUGCUGACCAAUUUGAUGAAAAGGAACCAAGUGAAGCAAAAGGACUUGCUAGUUUUUUCAAUUGGCUUUUGCUUAGUUCAACUUUAGGAUCAGUUAUAGGUGUUACUGGUGUUGUUUGGGUUAGUACACAAAGAGCUUGGCAUUGGGGUUUUUUCAUAAUAACAGUUGCUUCUUCUAUUGGUUUUGUAACACUUGCUCUUGGUAAACCUUUUUACCGUAUCAAAGUUCCUGGUGAAAGCCCCAUUUUCAGAAUUCUUCAGGUUAUUGUUGUGGCUUUUAAGAACAAAAAACUACCACUGCCAGAGUCUAAUGAACAACUUUAUGAAGUUUAUAAAGAUGCUACUUUGGAAAAGAUUGCACACACCAACCAGAUGAGGUUUCUAGAUAAAGCAGCCAUUCUUCAAGAAAACACUGAACCUCAACCAUGGAAAGUUUGCACAGUGACACAAGUUGAAGAAGUAAAAAUCCUAACAAGAAUGCUACCUAUAUUAGCCAGUACCAUUGUCAUGAACACAUGUUUAGCACAACUUCAAACAUUCUCAGUUCAACAAGGGAAUGUAAUGAACCUUAAACUUGGUUCCUUCACAGUACCUGCAUCAUCCAUUCCUGUUAUCCCACUUCUCUUCUUGUGCACACUGAUUCCAAUUUAUGAACUUUUCUUUGUACCAUUUGCAAGAAAAAUCACUAAACACCCUUCAGGUGUAACACAGCUUCAAAGGGUUGGUGUUGGACUAGUACUGUCUUCUAUUUCAAUGACAAUAGCUGGAAUCAUAGAAGUUAAAAGAAGAGACCAAGGAAGAAAAGACCCAUCAAAACCAAUAAGCCUAUUUUGGCUUUCUUUUCAAUAUGCUAUAUUUGGAAUUGCAGACAUGUUCACUCUUGUAGGACUAUUAGAAUUCUUCUACAGAGAAGCACCUUCAACCAUGAAAUCACUUUCAACUUCAUUCACAUUUUUGUCUAUGUCACUUGGUUACUUCUUGAGUACUGUUUUUGUCAAUGUUAUUAAUACUGUUACCAAAAGGAUCACUCCAAGCAAACAAGGGUGGUUACAAGGAUUUGAUUUGAACCAAAACAAUUUGAACUUGUUCUAUUGGUUCUUAGCUAUCUUGAGCUGUCUUAAUUUUUUUAACUUUCUUUAUUGGGCUACUUGGUACAAGUACAAAUCUGAAGAUGACAAUUCAAAGGGAAAGGAUUUUGGUGAAACACCUCUCUUAAUGGAUGUAGGAAGAAAACAUGAUGAUGAUGAUGAUGAAGACAAGAAGGAUCAUAACGUUAAGACUAAAGAAAAUAGCCAAACAAGUGAAGGCAAUACUGAGGGACCCUCUUCAUCUGAUGAAACAGAUGAUGGAAAAGAGAAAGAAAGAAAGUGUGGAGAAUGGAAGCAUAGAUAAUAAUAAGGUUAUUAGAAGAUUGAAGACAUGAUUUGAUGUUUAUGGUAAGGAAUAGUAGGUGGUGUGUGUAUGAUAAGGCAUUGGAUGUGGAAAUAGGAAGUGGUUGAAAUUAAUAUCUUAUCCUACAAUGAAUCUACAUGUGUGUUUGCUUGUAUAAUUGAUUGGUAGUACUGUUCUUUCUGCCACCAUCUCUGUGUCUCUGUCUUUGCAGAGUCAAAGGUUUUCUUUUCUUUCAUUUUAACUUUUAUCAUAAUAUAAUAUAUUUUUAAGUUCAUGACAAA